AUGUACCAGUCAUUCACCGGAGCAUCGCGCAGACCACGCCAGGUCAACCUCUCGGGCAAGAACGCGAACCCCUUUGCCGCCAGCAACCCCUUUGGCGGUCCACAGACGGCCGUACAGAACGCCCACCAAGACCGCCAACAACGACAGAAGCAAAGACAAGAGCUGAGUGCCGCUAAGACGAUACAAAGAGUCUGGAGAGGUCACACUUCUAGCACCAAGACAAGAGAUGGAUGGCGCAAGCAGUGGGAUGCCCAAGACCCUACGAACCUGGAUUCCAUACAACGCUUGAACGCUCUCCUGCUGUUCUUCUCGCCCUCCAACGACAGCGAUGUCCAGCGCCUCAUCUCUUUCGUCUCUGAGCACUCGCUCGACACGACUGCCUCGAAAUACCACCUCCGCUUGGAGAAGGCCUGCCUGGAUGCCUUACGGCAGCCGAAGCCUCACCACGUCAAUGAUCUGCUGGCCAUCUUGACCUUCCUGGCCACCACCAUACCACACGAGACAGCCAUAAUCUCAAACGACCAUUACACUACCCUCUCCAAAUUGGAUCAAUCACUUCCGAACUUCCAACAAGCUGUAGCAGCUCCUCUCAGCUCGCAUCUUCCCGCUGCCUACGAAGGCUUCGCCGCCGCCUACCUUACCACUCCUCUCGAGAAACCCACUCUUGACUACUUUACCUCUGUAGUCGACUUCCACAAACUGGCUCAGGCCAUCUCAAAUCUAUCUUCAGCUACGACACUGGACACAAGACGCCGUCUAUGGCUUCUUGGCCAGUUUAUAUAUCUCAAGCAGGACAAGGUACUCGCCUCGGUUUAUGUGCCCGUUGUUGCGAACCUUCUCUCUUCCUUGGCCGAAGUCAUCGCUCCAGAAGCCCCUGCUCUGGACAUGACCAACAAAGACUACGAUCGUCUAGUACUCGCCACAAAUCCUGCCCGUGUCCAUCUCAACCGCUUCCUAAGAGAUCAGCUCUCCCGCUUGGUCGAUAGAGAUGCAAUCAGUUCUUUGGUUCCGAGGCCGCUUGCGACGUCAGAGACAUCAAUGCUGGAUGAUGCAUCGGAUUCGCAACUUCUGGCUAGCUAUGCCCUAAUACUACUGCGCAUCUUCCCUCUACGUGCUGAUGACAUUCGGAUGUGGCUUUAUGUCGGCCCCUUAGAUCAGGCUUACAGAGAAGACACCGUGCCUGCUAUUUCUUACUUCUGGAAGGGCAUGCGCUCGACAUCCAUCUUUGCAAGUAUUCACAAAGACCCUCGCGCAGCUGUCGACCUNUUGAAAGCCCCAAAGUCCUCUGUCUCUGCUUGGAAGCCACCAGGAUAUGAAGCAGAGCAAUCCAAGCGAAAUGAAGAAUGGCGUGUCAUUCUCAUUUUCCUUGAAAUGUUCACAUUCUUACUCAAGAUCAUGGACGAUGAAGAGUUUCUUGGGGCAAACUCGGGCGCAAGUCUACGGGACAACACCAAUGCGCUUCCUAUAGACGACCUGAAAGAUCUGACUGUCUUCUUGAAGAAUAUGGGAUUUGCCAUGUACUUCAACUCUCAAGAGAUUACAGAUUCUUUCGAAACAAGCCUCGAACCUCUGAGCACCGCCAAUCUGAGUCGACAUUUUGGUGGUCAUACAGACGCUGUUGAAUCAAAGCCCGAAGCGCAUCCACAGACUAUCUCAGUGGCAGGUACUGUUGGUAUGAGUCUUGACUAUGUGAAGGGUCUGGUCACCGGUCUGCUUCGUUCUAUAUAUGAGCGAGACUCGAGGAGAAACUUCCUGCCAAAAGGACACUGGCUGAUGACAUCUCGACUUGAUAUGGCUAAUUUCAUAUCAGCCGUAGUCGGUGAAGACGAACGACGACAACAGUUACAACGACAGGCUGACGAGGAUGGCGAAGAUGAUGGACCCGAUGCAGAGUGGGACGAGGCCGAGUUCAUCUCCAUGACACGUUCACAGCGAAAUUAUCAACGCAACAAUCGAUACGACAGUAGAGUACGAUAUCUGCAAUCCGUUGCUCCUCGUCUGGAGAUUCUACAAAACAUGCCCUUCAUGAUACCCUUCGAGACAAGAAUUCAAAUCUUUCGCGAGUUCGUCCGCUUGGACAUGAUGUCUCGAAGAGGUGGACACACAGACCCAGAUCUCUGGCGGCAUAGGAUCGCAUUUGCAUCGGCUGGUGGUCAAGAUUCCGAGCUUGGACGGCAUCAUGCAAGCAUUCGCCGCAAGAAUGAGUUUGAGGACGCAUUCAGGCAGUUUUACAGCCUUGGUGAUGGCUUGAAGGAGCCAAUCCAGAUUACUUUCUUGGACGAGUUUGGUCUGCAGGAAGCUGGUAUUGAUGGUGGAGGUGUUACCAAGGAAUUCUUGACCAGUAUCACCACGGAAGCUUUCAAUCCUGAGAAGCUCUUGUUCACCGAAAACAGCCAACACUCCUUGUACCCUAACCCGACCAGUGUUGAAGCACACAAAGAGAUGCUGCGGCAGUCUGGAUAUCCUGAUGACAUGGAGGAGCAUCGCGAUUCUGUGAAAGAUCUCUUGCAUCGUUAUGAGUUCCUGGGCCGCGUUGUUGGUAAAUGUCUAUACGAAGGCAUUCUCAUCGACAUUAAUUUUGCCAGCUUCUUCCUUACGAAGUGGGCUCUGUUUGGCGGUCGAGGUGCCGCAUCAAGAGAGUCUAGUUACAAAGCUUCAGUCAACGAUCUGCGUGAUCUUGACGAGGAACUGUACCAAGGACUGAUGAGCUUGAAGCACUAUCCUGGCGAUGUUGCCGAAUGGGGCACGUACUUUGCCGUCAACAGCACAGUUGAACUCCCCAACGGCCAGUCAAAGACCAUCGAGUACGAACUCACGACCAACGGCGCAAACACCCUUGUCAAUCGAAGCAACCGUCUAAUCUAUAUCUCGAAAGUCGCCCACUACCGUCUUGCCCUGCAAUCAAAACUUCAAACCGACGCCUUCCUCACCGGCCUCUCCAGUAUCAUCCAACCAAGCUGGCUCAACAUGUUCAACCAAAAGGAACUCCAAACCCUCAUCGGUGGUGCCGCAUCCAACAUCGAUAUCGCCGACCUCCGUGCCAACACCUACUACAACGGCGUCUACGCAAUCGGCGACGACGGCCAAGAACANCCCUCCGUCCAACUCUUCUGGGCAACCAUGCUCGAACUCCCCGACGCCGAAAAACGCAAAGUUCUAAAGUUUGUGACUUCGACGCCGAGGGCUCCGUUGCUUGGCUUUGGAUCGCUGAAUCCUAGGUUUACGAUUAGGGAUUCGGGGGAUGAUGAACAUAGGUUCCCUACUGCGAGCACGUGUAUCAAUCUUUUGAAGUUGCCGAGGUUUAAGAGUAAAGAGAUGUUGAGGGAGAAGUUGUUGUAUGCCGUCAACUCUGGCGCUGGGUUUGAUUUGAGUUAG